AUGCCUGAUGGCUCUGCACUUUUAACAAACACCGGAAACAAUUCAAGUCUUAAAAAUCAGGGAAUUAAUUACAUUAUUCAUACUGUUCCUAGACAUAGAGACAGUUCUGCUAGCGACGAAGAAUUUGUUGAGAUAGCGGUCAAAGCGGUUCAAAACUCAAUUAUUUUGGCCGACCGAGAAAAAAUCAAUAAACUGGCAAUCUGCUUUGUAGCAGGAAAAAUUUACCGAGGAACCUGCAAUCCAGAAAAAUUAGCCGAAGGAAUAGUUUGCGAUGGAGACGAAACUAUUUUUGAUGCUCUAGUUUUUAAUCCAAAAGGAAAUCGAAACAUUAUCGUAAAGGCGGGUGAUAUUUGUGAUAAGAGCACUCACGGAGCCGAAGCGAUUGUUAAUUCUGAAAAUGCUGGAAUGAAUUGA